AUGAAAGAGAAGACCGUGUACAAGCGCCGCAGCAGGACGAUGUACGACAGAAUGUUCGCAAUGCCAGUAGAGCUACUUCACAAACAGGUCAGUCAAUACUGGUGGGGCCGAAAGGGAUGCAAGACGGGUAUGCCCGAGAGCCUCGAGAUGUUCAUGAUACACACGGUGCAGCCCUGUAUUGAUUGUGAGCCGGGACAUGCAUUGAAGGAGUCGUACCUGAACCGACUGAUCGAGUUCAUGGCCAGUGAAGAAGGAACAAGUAGAGCAGACUUAGACAUGGUCCGCCAGAUUUGCACUGGAAAGAUUCGGAGGCACCCUGCUCUGCACGGAGUCAUGACAGCAUGCGCUUUGAGACUUCAGGGCAUCGAGAAGGGAUCAGAGGCAGAACGCAAUCUUCUGCUGGAGGCUGGAGCAGAGUUGGCAUCGCUGGGCGCCAAUGCAAAGUCGCUCGAGUUUUUCGGACUCAGGUGGCUUGAACACAAUGAGUUCAAAGGCAUACUGUGCAAGCUACGCGGUUGGGGACUGCCUGUCAUCAUGAGCCCAGAUAGCCAGCAGCUGGAGGCCAAUGAUCACUGCGUGAGCGUGAUGUUCCCGCGUCCUGCUGAUGCUCCGCAGCGACGUUUAGUCUGUGCUUUCGACAGGACGUAUCUCGAAAGCUCCAUCCAGUUGCUGAGCACGGAUCAAGGCAGCUACAUGUCUGGAGGUGUCCACAGGCCGCAGGGCUUCAUGGAGAAUGACGAGAGUUUGAUUCUGCUUCGAAAGUGGCCAAACAACGGAGAGGAACCAGCAGCUGUUCCAUCAAUCAAAUUCAAUACGAAGGACAUCUUCCGAGCCAGUGAGAUGGAAAGCUUCGUAGUGUGGGACAGCACACGGGGAAGCAGAUUGCUGUUUGAACUUGCAGCGUUUCCUUGCUUGGCAGGUGCGAGCAAAGACAACAGGUUCGAGUCGGUGAUUGAGAAGCCUCGCAACCUGCGGGGCAAGUGGGAGACUUUGGCAAGGUGCGGCGAGGUCUUCGAAAAUUGUGAGAGCAUCAAAUUCAUCAUAUGUGAUGGACACGGCUCUCACUUGUGGCUUCGUGAGUUGCUUCUGGGACAAACGAUUUCUCUCCAGAAAGACCUGUUGUCAGAACUUCCCUUCUGGAAGCAGCUACAGCAGGAAGAUCUUCCAAUGACAUGCAUCCCAUUUCCGUGGCGAAUAGUGCGAGUCAAGGGAGAGAGCAUCCACUACAUCCCAGGACCUGCUCACAUCCAGAAGAAUUUUUGCGAACAGAUGCGGAAUGUGAUCCGCACCAUUUGCUUCGGCAACCUGGCAUCAGAUUGCAGCGCCGCGCUUGAGACCGGAUUGUGGCCAAUUGCCUUCAUAGGGUAUGACGGGAUGAGUGACAAGCAAGCUGCUCUUCUGUUGGACCCGCUGAACUUUGUGUCCGACCUGGAAGCAAAAGAGUUCUCCAUCCCAUGGUGCUUGCGAGGAGCUUUUAUGAUGUCCCUCAUCGAAGGAUUAUUGCACAGAAAUGAGAAUCGCAAGUGGCGCCUUGAGGUCACGAUGACAGGCCUUGCGCUGCUGAACCUUGGGAUCCUCAUGGCAUCAAACCGCGCGAAAGCUGCAGGUGUCCCUUUGCGAAGCAUGUGGCUUGAUGCUCGCUCGCAUCGAAAUCUCAAAGAUUUGGCCGGAUCGAUCAUUAUGGCCCUCUUUGCUGGCGGCAACACAGUGCGGUGGGAAUGCCUCACUGAGCGUUGUUUGGAGAAGAGAUUCGGACGCAUCCGAACCUCCUUCCCCAAUUCCAUUAUGGCGGCCUCGGACUACUGGCGGGCCUCAGCCACCUGUAUGAGGAGGGAACGCCGGAAAGCGGAGAACGACUUUCCAGCACAGAAGGAUCCAGAAGAAGAAUUGUCCACAAAUGAUUUCUGUGCAACAGCACAGAGGGCAUGGCAGGCAGCUCUCAAGCUAUGCUCCUUCAGCAGCGGCAUCACACCUGAGCAGUUGCAAGCCGAUUUCAACCACAGCAACUCUGGGGCCAUGUGCGAAGCAGAAAUCGAAGCAGAUCCAUGUCCAGAGGAUGCAGGCGAUACUCCGGAAGAGAAAGCUGAUGUUGCAGAGGUGCUGGAUCGCAUUCGUGGAAGCCAAGCUUUCAAGGAGCAGUUGGACGAUGGCGAUGGCAGCAAUGAAGCCAUCACAGCAGAGCCAGAAGAGAUCAGCUGCAUCAUGGCAGAGGACACUGCACGACUCAAGGCACAUAAAUGA